GUGGUUGGUAGGGUGGUUACAUGUAUUCAACUGUAUUUUUAGGACCGGAGUUGCUUCGAUUAUUACAAUAGCGAAAUGGAAGGAGUUACACAAAGCCUAAGUCGCAACUUCUCUUACUACCUGUUCUAGGGGUUAGCAGGUUCGGCUAACAAGUUGGACGAGCAGGUACGAUGAAAGUCGGGAUGCUUUAGUUUCUACUUGACUCAAUAAAGUUUUCCACUCCUUUUUCUCAAGUUGAAAACACCAUUUAUACUCUCCUUUAUACUCUCAAGUAGAGAUGAAGAAUAUACCUCGUUCAAUUAGGUACAUAUAGCGUUAAUAGAGUAUGGUCCAGCUAUUUCAUACUUCCAACUAAUGUUGUUUGAUCUUCAUCAUGUCUACAAUUUCUCGUUUACCUGAAUCUACCACUCGACUCCUAUGUUCACCCUUAGCUAUUACAACUCCAGUCGCCUUAGUGAAAGAGCUCCUAGAAAAUUCAAUUGAUGCUAAAGCUACGUCGAUUGAGGUCAUCAUCUCUGCAGACACAGUGAAGAAAAUCGAAGUUCGGGACAAUGGAACCGGUAUCCAUCCAGACGAUUACGAUGCGCUUGGAAGACGUGGUCAUACAAGCAAACUCAGGAGCUUUGAGGAACUAAGGACUCAUUUUGGGAAAACGCUCGGCUUUCGUGGAGAAGCACUAGCCAGCGCAAAUUCCUUAGCCCAAGUCACUGUCACUACCAAAUUCGCUUCGGAGCCUGUUGCAGCCAUCCUUCACAUUAAACCGGAUACCGGAGGCAUACAGAAGCAACAGCCAACUUCGGCACCGGUUGGAACUACUGUAAGUAUAGCCGGGCUUUUUCAUCAGGUUCCGGUUCGGGAACAGAUGGCUAUCAAGGGCUCAGUAAAAGCAAUAGGCAAGAUUCGCGAACUGCUAUGUUCUUAUGCCAUGGCAAGACCGCAACUAAGAUAUUCACUCAGGGUCUUGCAGCUCCCUAAACAGAAUUGGAACUACUCGCCAAAAUUGCGCUGCAGUGUGAAAGAAGCGGCUAUCCAGCUAUUUAGUUCAGAUAUUACGACUUACUGCUUCGAGAAGAUAUUUGAGAUAAGUGAUCUAACUAACAGUAAUGACCCUACCGUCAAGCAUGAAACUUUGCCAAAUUUCAAAUAUGUGUUCGAAGCCUUCAUUCUAAAGCCGAAUUCAGGCUCUCCUAAAGUUUCGAAGCAACGCUAUUUCUCUGUCGAUAGUCGCCCUGUUACGGCAAAAAGGGGCACUAUGAAGAAAUUGUUGGACAUCUACGUUGAGCAUCUCAGCAUCCUCUACCAACAGGACACUUCAACCGCAAAACUCAAAAAUUAUUUCAUUCGGUUAAACAUCAAGUGUCCUCCUGGAAGUUACGAUGCUAAUAUAGAAGCCUCGAAAGAUGAUGUGGUAUUCUCAGACGAGAAAAUAGUGCUUGACGGAUUUAAGGACUUGUGUAAGGAAGUGUACAAAAAAAGCCCGCCCAGUGAUCUAUGUCCACAGUUAUCGGCUACAAGGAGCUCCGUUUCAAGCAACGGGGACGAUUUGGAAACUCGAAAGUCACUACCCAUAGGGACUCAAGUUAAGUCCAUCUCUAACAGGGUUGAACACCUUAAUUCAUCAGUGCGGACACCAAACCAAACCAUCGUACAACCAAUACUACAAGGUCAACAAGCCCCUAUUGUCUCCCAGUCAUCACCUGCUCUGUUGCAGGAUACGAUGACGCAUACGCAUAGCCCUAUAUCUCUCGGACUUGCUCCGAACAAUACUGAAAUAUCACCCGCUCAAGAGGGAUCUAAAGACACUUUAAGUCCCCAAGGGAAACUAUCAAACACCGGAUUUACUCGAUAUAGAGUUGACAUGUCUACAGAUUUGAAUGAGUAUAACUACGAUGACUCUCAGGGCAAGCCUGCCGGUUCUACACAGGCACUGCCCACCCUUCAGGGGAAACUAGGUACAGCCAAAAAUUUGGCCCCACAAGAUGUAAACCCAUGGAUUAUCACAAAAAUGAAUGCAUCUAUACCUAGCCAGAUGAUAGCAGAGCGGAUCAGGAACGAGCCAGCCCAAAAGAGCAGUUCGCCAUUACCGGCAUUUGAACCUCCGAUGACUCCAGAUCCUCCUAUCCUUCGUCACGUAGGAGCAGCACCACGAGACCUUGAUGUCCCCCCCAGCCAGCAACAUUUGGGAUCACAAGGUAAUCUACGUCAAUUACGGUCUAGAGUACCUGGCGGCCCAUACCGUAGCCCAAUAUCAAGCCCAUCUGGGAUGGCUUCACAGGAUGCCAUAGGUGGUAUUGUAAUGCCUACCGCUCUAAAGCCGAGACGACGCCGCAACCCCCUCCCCUGGUCACCACCCUCGUCUAUUGAGGCAGCUGUAAUAAGCAAAGAUCGAUUAAAAAACCCAAGGGACGAGUUCAUGGCAGAUGGUAUGAAACAGACGACGAUAUCCUUCCAAGGUGUUGGGGGGAACCGCAAACGUCAAUUACAAGAGGAUAGUACUGCUAUCAAUCAAGGUUCGCAAGGUCAGGAACAUCAGCAGGAGAAUUGGUUUCAGUAUGUGCCAAUACCGGUGAAGAAUGACUUCGGCCAUCAGCUUUCACUGCAGAAGGCGCCUUACGUCUCUGAGAAGAAGCAGCAUCAGAUCCAUGCCAACCUAGAGACAGCCCAGGAUCGACCAUGCGUUCAGUCACGCAAGAAUUACCCCCAAGAAGAAGUCAAUUCCUCUGAAGUAACCGAGCCUAUCAAUACAACUUUAGCAAGUGGUGACCCUCGGGCAUACCUCUUACGCCGCCAAAAAUCUAUGGCCGCAGAAGAGAGGGGUAUGAAGCCAAAGAAGAUUCGAAGAUUAAAGAGCUCUCUCUUACCCCUAGAAAACACCCCCUCUUAUGACCAGACUCAUUCUCUAGCCAUUAUCGAGGUGUGGGAUGCUAAAACCUUGCGCAUUUUUGUCAAAAAGUACGCGACCUACGAUAGAUAUGUCACAAAGGGGGUUGUAGAAAACGGUCUUGAGAUGAGUCUGGAAGAAGGCCGCAACGUUGAGAAGCGACUCAAGUCGGUUCUCCUUCAACACAUGGGCGCAGCCGAUGACGAAGAGUCCGUUCCUGAAGUCAACAUUUGCUCUUUGCUAAAAGGUAAAGGAGCUAUAGCUAGUUCGUGGACCGAGUAAGCGGUGUGGAGUCGUUGGUACACGAUACAUAAAAGAGGACAUCCAGUUUGCUUGGAUGGUUGCUUUAGCUAUGAGUAGGCGUAAGUUGCCUCCAGAGAAAGUUGAAGUCUUGGGGACUGGGGUAAUGGUGACAUAAUAAUGCUUUCUAAUUAUGAAUCAUGGGCUUGCAUAACUGCUUCGUGGGAGAAAAGAGUGUCAAUUCAUGUCCUCAGCUAUACGUAGCUAUUCCAAGUCCUUAACAGCUCUAAUCUUGAGGUUACUGGCAAAUUUAAAGGGACUGCUAAGCAGGAUUCGUAUAUCUGAAGUCGGUGCCCCUGAAGCUCGCACGUGUACUCUACUGUCUAGAUGUUG